UCACGCCCCCACCCCUCCUGGGCUGGUACCAACGGCACCAGUCCCCGGAGGGAGCUACUGCUUCGUUUCGACGGCACGAUUCCCUCCUUACGACUGCUUUCCGCAGGGAGAGAGUGGACUUAGCUCUCUCCGCCUGGGACGGAGCUAACGCCCGCGCGGUUCGGCGUGUUUUUCUACGCCGUACCCUCCUACAUUAGUUGGUCUCAUCCUCUGCCGGACCCAGGGCGCGGCGGGCCACAGCGAUCACGUCACGAGCGGGCGGGAUCCCUCCGCUGCGGGGAGAACAGUGUAGGCUGCACUCACUUGAGGGAUACUUUGAGAGAUCCAUCCGCCGCCGCCUCCGCCGCGGAGGGAGACAGGGACCUUGAGCGCGUCCCUGCGACCCCCCCUUCCGACCGCAGAGAUCCACCACCACAGAUCUCCUUGGACACUGAAGAGCUAGUUGUUGCAGCCCCCGGGGCCCUGCUGCCCUGCUGCCACCAUGAGUGAAUUGGAGCAGCUGAGACAGGAGGCAGAGCAGCUCCGGAAUCAGAUACGGGAUGCUCGGAAAGCAUGUGGAGAUUCAACAUUGACCCAGAUAACAGCUGGGCUGGACCCUGUUGGAAGAAUCCAGAUGAGAACACGACGGACCCUCCGUGGUCACUUGGCAAAAAUCUAUGCCAUGCACUGGGGGACAGAUUCAAGGCUGCUGGUGAGUGCUUCACAGGAUGGAAAACUUAUAAUCUGGGACAGUUAUACCACCAAUAAGGUUCAUGCUAUCCCUCUCCGAUCCUCUUGGGUCAUGACCUGUGCCUAUGCGCCCUCAGGGAAUUUUGUGGCUUGUGGGGGGCUAGACAACAUCUGCUCCAUCUACAGUCUCAAAACCCGAGAGGGCAAUGUCAGGGUCAGCAGAGAGCUGCCAGGCCACACUGGAUACCUGUCCUGCUGCCGCUUCUUAGAUGAUAACCAGAUCAUCACUAGCUCUGGAGAUACCACCUGUGCCCUGUGGGAUAUAGAAACAGGACAGCAGACAGUGGGCUUUGCAGGACACAGUGGGGAUGUAAUGUCCCUCUCUCUGGCUCCGGACGGCCGAAGCUUUGUCUCUGGUGCCUGUGAUGCUUCCAUCAAGCUGUGGGACGUUCGAGACUCCAUGUGCCGGCAAACUUUUACAGGCCAUGAGUCUGACAUCAAUGCUGUGGCCUUCUUUCCAAAUGGCUAUGCCUUUACCACGGGCUCUGAUGAUGCCACGUGCCGCCUCUUUGAUCUUCGGGCAGACCAAGAGCUACUUAUGUACUCUCAUGACAACAUCAUCUGUGGCAUCACCUCCGUUGCCUUCUCCCGAAGUGGCCGGCUGCUGCUGGCUGGCUAUGAUGACUUCAACUGCAACAUCUGGGAUGCCAUGAAAGGCGAUCGGGCAGGUGUCCUUGCUGGCCAUGACAACCGUGUUAGCUGUCUUGGGGUGACUGAUGAUGGUAUGGCUGUGGCCACGGGUUCCUGGGACUCCUUCCUCAAGAUAUGGAACUAGCUGCCAUACCCCCAAUGUAUCAGGCCAAGAGGGGGGAGGGAGGGCCAUGCCCCACACUACAGGCCAGGAGCUGGGGGGUGGAGGGAGGGGACUGGUGGAACACACCUGGGCUCGGGCUCCCUCCUCCCUGGGGCUCAUUUCCUCCCCCAGAGAUGGGGAUGGGAUUGGGGGGGAAGCUCCCUACCCUCUUCUUUGCCUUCCCUGGUCAGGAGCCUCUCCCUGCUGGAGGGCCAGGGUCAGGGCCAAGAGUGGGAAGCUCCAGGAAGUGGCUUUUUAAAACUGGUUUUAUUUUAAUUUUUAUUAUAUUUUCUGUUUUUCCAUAAAGGAACCAAUUCCAACUCUGUA